AGGGUGUGGGCUGGAACCGCUCACCGUUCUCAUAAGAUUGAACCCAACUCUCUCUUUCUCGCCCGCUCCAAACACGGAAAGAGUGAGAAGGCAGGGGGAGAGAUGGGGACCAGAGCAGCCAUAACCCCGGCCGGCGCCCUUCUCUUCUCUCCCCGUCCUCUAUCUUAUUCGAAUUCCUCCCACUCCGUCACCUCCCCCUCCGUGAAAUCUUCCGGUUUUCCCUUGUCGCAGCGAACAAUCCGAUCUCCCCGCAAGUUGGUUCUCAUUGGAAGACCCCAGAGCAGGAGAAGCUCUCGCGCCCAUGGGUUAUCCAGUUCUAAAAUGUCCAUUGCUGAACUUGAACCAUCUCUUGUGGUAAAGAAGAAAGCCUCGGAGAUCUCUGAUGAAUUAAAAGGAACAUCCAUAUUUCUUGUGGGAAUCAACUGUGCCAUGAAAACCAAUCUGGGGAAGCUUCUAGCUGAUGCAUUGAGAUAUUACUACUUUGACAGUGAUAAUUUGAUUGAGCAAGCUGCUGGUGGUGAGUCUGCAGCUAAAUCCUUUAAAGAAAAAGAUGAGAAGGGGUUUCACGAAUCUGAGACCGAAGUGCUUAAGCAGUUGUCAUCUAUGGGUCGUUUGGUGGUUUGUGCAGGGGAUGGUGCUGUCCAGGGCUCAACUAAUCUGGCUUAUUUGAGAUAUGGCAUUUCAAUUUGGAUAGAAGUUCCCUUAGAUUUGCUAGCAAAUGAGAUACUGAAGACUGACGCACCAUCAACCAACGAACAACCCAUAUUAGAAUCAAAUUAUUUUUCAGAGGUCCAUGCACAGUUACUGGAAGAGCUUUCCAAGCGCUAUAAUGAAAUGAAAGGAGGAUAUGGAACAGCUGAUGCAGUAGUCUCACUCCAAAGAGUAGCCUCCCAACUAGGAUAUGAAGACUUGAACUCUGUCACCCCAGAAGACAUGGCAGUGGAGGUUCUGAAAGAGAUCGAGAAACUGACUAAGGUGAAGAAGAUGAUGGAAGCUGCUGCUAGGCCAUUUUAAUGGACAAAUGUGCUAUUUUACAUUGCUGUCGCCAUAUAGAGAUAACUUUUGUGCUUAUCGGAUGCAAUCCAGCAUUUUCAGGGCCAAAUCCUAAUUGUCAUUCACAACUCCAAGAGUGCCUCUCUCAUGACAUUUCGAGAAACUCAUCAUGGUCCACAAAGGAGCAAAGUAAAGUUAUUUUCGUUUCUGGUUGCCAGUUACAUUGCAUAAAUACAAGACUGCUUAUAAGCUUAAAGGUCUGUUUUCACAUGACAUAAUUUGUUUUUAACCAAACUAUUCAUACAAUUUAUCUCUAUACUACUGACAUAGGGUAUGAUCUCUAAGUUAGCUGGAA